UAGUGCACCGCUUCCGCUAUUAACAUCUGCUGGAGCUGUUUUGCGAAGUUAAAUCUGUUUUUUUUUCUCCCUCGCAUUUAUUUGUAUAAUCAGAGAUUUUUUAAUCGUCAUUAUUGUUAUCAUGGAGAUUUUGUAAAAGGGCCGGUUGAUACUGUGCGGACUGAGUUAUGGUGUAACACGGACACUUCCUGUUUCCGACACUAGCUCCAGGUAGCUACAGUAGCUAAGGUGUGUGUGUGUGUGUGUGUGUGUGUGAGGGUCAGCGAUGCUGACGCUGGCGAGUAAGCUGAAGAAGGAGGAGGGUGUGCGUGCGUCCAGAGCCAUGUCAGGCUCCACCGAAGCCCCACACAGAGUAUCUAUACGAGACCGGCUUCUUAUUAAAGAAGUCGCAGACCUCGAGCCAAAUCUUCCUAGCACUUGUAAGGUCCUGUUUCCUGAUGAAAACAAGCUCCACCACUUUCAGCUCACCAUUUCUCCAGAUGAAGGAUAUUAUCAGGGAGGAAAGUUUCAAUUUGAAAUAGAUGUUCCCGAAGCCUAUAACAUGGUGCCUCCUAAAGUUAAGUGCUUGACAAGAAUAUGGCACCCAAACAUUGCUGAGACGGGGGAAAUCUGUCUGAGCUUAUUGCGCGAACAUUCGAUCGACGGCACGGGGUGGGCGCCCACACGCACCUUAAAGGAUGUAGUAUGGGGAUUGAAUUCACUGUUUACCGAUCUACUUAAUUUUGACGAUCCACUGAACAUACAUGCAGCGGAGCAUCAUUUACGGGACAAGGACGAUUUCAGGUGCAAAGUGCAGGACUUCAUCAAAAACUAUGCAAGAUGAUGCGCACGCCGUUUCGCACCGCACACUUCCGACCCCGAGACCCACGAGCUGAAACUCCCGCAGCAUUUACACGACGGGAUGGCGAGAGAAGGAUUCUGUGGAUCUCGAAUCUUCAGCAUGAACUCAAAAAUGGGUGGGGGUGGGGGUGGGGUGGGGGAGGUUGAUGUGGGAGGGUAUUUGGGAUUAAUAUUUCCUUUUUAAUUAUCGCUCAGGGCUGAUUUGCGGAAGCCCAGAAUUGCUGCCACAGCUGGUCCUGCAUCAGCUACAGCUAAUGAUAACAAUAUUUAAUAAUAAUAAAAAUUAUUCAAGGCAAUCAUAAAAAGACGAGGACUCUCUGUUCCCUCACGUGAUCUCACUCAAUAAUCACCACCUGCACGUGCCGACUAAUGUAUUCUUUUUUUUUUUCUCUCUUCCUCCAUAAUUUUGUGUUAUUUUAGUAAUUGCCACAAUCGCUCCUCAUUUUACAAAGAAAAAAUAUGCUACAUGUCCGGAGUCUCACGUUUGCUUGAUCUGUGCACGAUAUAUAAAGCCACACUCCCUAAUUUUCCGAUUCUCUGAGUAAAGAGACUGUUUAAACUCC